GACACGUCGCGCCAGUAGCGAUCGGCGAGUCGUCCGCCGCGAGUCUCGACUGCUCUCGCGCGAAAACUCGCUCCUCUCUCUCUCUCUCUCUCUCUCUCUCUCUUUCUCACUCCGGCCGCCGCGGACUUGGACAGCUGGCUCUCGGCGGCGAGGGUGACGAUGCCGCCCACGUAGCCGCGGGCGACGCUGCGCGCGUUUGCGACGAGUCGGAGAGUCUACGCAGCGUGCGCGUGCGUGGGGCUCGACUCGGCUCCCCGCGUAGAUGACGUCAAAACGUAGUGGCUCUCGAUCGGACGGCGCAGGUCAGGCGGCGGCGGCGGCGGCGGCGGCGGCGGCGGCGACGUCACGGCGACUGCUUCCGUGAAUCGGAUCCCUGCGCUCUCACUCGAUAGGGACACGCGGGUGCGCGGUUGUUGCCUCUCGAGCGCUAUGAGUCGUUGGCAAGAUUCUGCUCAGCGAGGCCGGACGAUGCGGCGCUCGGUGCUGCUGCUCGUCGGCGCCCUGAGCCUGGUCGGCACCGAGUCGGCGCUCGGCAAGCUGGAGCUGAUCCAGGUACUCUUCCGCAACGGCGAGCGAACGCCCUACCCGGCCGAGUCGUACCCCCUGGACCCGUACGCCUUGGGCCGCCACUACACUUCGGCCGGCGGCCGGCUCACGGAGCAGGGCCGCUGGCGCGCGCACCGCCUGGGCCGCGCGCUCCGCCUGCACUACGAGGGCCAGCUGCCGCUGCCCGAGCGGCCCGAGGACGUCUACGCGUACAGCGCCGACGUGCCGUGUUGCCACGAGAGCAUGAGCCACGUGCUGGAGGGGCUCUACGACGGCAACGAGCGGGCGGCGCGGCAGGUGCGCGUGCGGAUGCUGCCCCGGGCGACCGACGUGCUGACGAACUCGCGGCAGUGCUCCCGGUUCCGCGCGGAGGCCGACCGGCUGCGCGGGAGCCCGGAGAUGCAGAGGAUGCUCGCCAAGUACGAGGGCCUGUACAGGUACCUGCGGGACAACACCGGCCUGAGCCUCGACGGCCCCAGAGUGGACGAGAGCCUCUACGAGCUGUACGGCCUGCUGGAGGCGCAGAUGAGCGUGAACCUGACGCUGCCCGACUGGUGUUCCGAGGGCGUGUUCACCUUGCUGCAGGAGAUCGCCUUCCUCCACCACGAGCUCGAGUCGCGCAACGACCGGCUGAAGAGGCUGAACGGCGGGCCGCUGCUGCGCCGCUUUCUCGACAGCGUGCGGCGCUCGGGCGCGCGCAACCGCGUGCACCUCUACGCGGCCGAGGCCCGCAACGUGGCCGCGUUGGCGCGCGCCAUGAACAAGAGCUACCCGCGGUUGCCCGGCUUCGGCAGCGCCAUCGUGCUCGAGAAGUGGCGGCAUGAGCGCGGCGGCAACUUCGUCAGAAUCGUCGUGUGGACGGGCAGCACCGAGAAGAUGUUCGCGCUGCAGCUGCGCGACUGCGCCGAGAUGUGCCCGCUCGACGAGUUCGCUCGGAGGGUCAAGUCGGUCCUGCCGACCGACGACGACGCCCGGUGUCUGCUCGACGACCUGAGGACCCGGCCGUGAGCGCGCGCUCGCCGAGGGCACCUCAGCUUUAUUCAUGCGCUGUAACGCGAAUGCGAUGUUCGAUGAUUCGUAGCUUCAAGGCUCUCGCGUAGUUCUGUACAUCGAGCGCCGUAACGUUUGGUUUUAUCGCAACAAUACGAAUAAAUUUCAAUUGUUGGAACGUA